AUGGGUGCACAAUAUUCUUCUUUAAAUGACUUAAAAUCUAAUGAAUAUUUAUCACGUUUUGUCAGUGAAGAAUCUAUUUCAUCAAAUGAUCCAUUUUGGAAUCAAUUUCUCUCAUUUCGUCUUCAAUCUCCAUUUACAACAUCACAUUCAAAAUUAAUCGAUGAAUCAUGCUCAAUUUAUUUUCAACAAUUUGAAUUAAAUAAUCCUAAAACAAAUAAUUUUGGAACAUUAAUCGAAGUAUUCAUUCGUUUAGCUACAACACUUCGUGAUGAAUGUGAUGAUAAUAUUAUCACCUGGCAAACAUAUAGUGCUCUAUUUAUACUUCGUUCAAUAACGAAAUAUUUUAUAGAAAUUGAUUCUGAACGAAAUCUUCAUCCAUAUUUUUUACCACAAGAUAAUUCAAUUGAACGUAUAUCAUUAAUGAUUAUAUUUGUUGAUACAUUAUUUCGAACUACAAUUAUUAUACCAGUCAAAUCAUAUACAUAUGCAUUACAUUUGGAAGUAUUGAAUACACUACUUUCAUUAUUAUCGAUUCAAAUGUGUGCGAAAGAAGCUGUACUUAUUAGUGCUAUCUAUAGUAUUUUUAUGCAUAGACUUGAUCCAAUUUUAAUAUCGGAAUUUACACGAACUUUAUUAGAACAUUUUAUUAAACAAAUAGAAUGUCCAGCAUUUUUAAGAGCAGAUUCAACAAAUGCAUCGAUGGGUGAUAGUGGAAGUUUAUUUAAAAUUGGACAAAGUGUUGCAAGUAGUCUAUGGUCUGUAGUUACACUUGGCUUGAGCUCAUCACCAGCAUCAACAGCUACCGAAGGAACAACUAUAUCAACUGAAUACACAAGUGAUCUUCAAAACAGACAUCUAGCAAAUCAAAGUAUUCAUUUACUUUUGAUUCUAAGCAAUCAUUUUACAAGUGAUGUACAUCGUAAUCCUUAUCGAUUAGCUUUAUUACAUUUUACUGAUACACAAGAUAGUCCAACAAAUUUACCUGAUUCGGAACCAUUACCUUGGUUUUCUGUUGAUUAUCGUUGUUUAUAUGAUGUUCUUUGUCAAACAGUACAUACAGAUCAAAGUACAUUGUUACUUUAUAUGUUACUUCAUCGUAAUCAACAUUUUAAAGCUUAUGUUAUAUCACGAAACAAUAUUGAUCAAAUGGUAUUACCAGUUCUUCGAGUUAUUUAUACAGCAACUGAACAUAAUUCACAUCAUAUAUAUAUGUCAUUGAUUAUUUUAUUGAUUUUAUCUGAAGAUGACUAUUUUAAUAAAUCAAUUCAUGACAUUAAAUUAAAAAAGCUUAACUGGUAUACUGAACGUUCAGUAAAUGAAAUCAGUUUAGGUGGUUUACUCAUUGCUGUUGUACUUCGUACAAUUCAAUUUAAUAUGGCACGUAUGCGUGAUAAAUAUCUUCAUACAAAUUGUCUUGCUGCUUUAGCAAAUAUGUCUUCACAAUUUCAAAAUUUACAUACAUAUGUAACACAACGAAUAAUAUCUUUAUUUAAUUUACUUGCACGUAAACAUUCCAAAAUCUUAGAACUUAUACAACAACAAUCUAAACAAGAACAUACAGCAUCAGCAACAAAAUUAACAAAUAAUAUUCAAACAUUAGCAUCAAAUGAUGAAAAUCUUAAUGAAUAUAUACAAGAUUUAGCUAUUAUUGAAGAUGUUAUGAGGAUGGUUUUGGAAAUAAUUAAUUCAUGUUUAACACAUUCACUUAGAUUUAAUAUUAAUUUAAUAUAUGGAUUACUUUAUAAUAGAGAUAUAUUUGAUAAUUAUCGUGCACAUCCAAAUUUUCAAGAUAUUUUACAAAAUAUCGAUACAAUAAUAGUUUUUUUUGCUGACAAAAUUGAUCAAUCAGAACAACGUUCAGCUGAAUGGGUUAAAGAAGUCUUAGAAACAAAUGCUAAACAAUUUCCAUCAGAUCGAUUAAAAAAAUUUCCUGAUUUAAAAUUUAAAUAUGUUGAAGAAGAACAACCAGAAGACUUUUUUGUGCCUUAUGUUUGGACAUUAGUUUACAAAUCAUGUAAUCUUCAUUGGUCAUCAGAAUCAGUUCUAAUAUUUAAACAACAAUCAUUAAAUUCAUAA